AUGGGCAAGGGCAACAGCAAUGUGAGGGCAAUAGUAGAAAAGGAAAGGGCACACAAUGUGAGGGAAAUAGUAGAAAAGGGUGACAACAAUGUGAGGGAAAUAGUAGAAAAGGGUGACAUCAACGCUAGGGCAGGAACAGAAAAGGGCGCCAACAAUGUGAGGGAAAUAGUAGAAAAGGGCGACAUCAAUGUGAGGGAAAUAGUAGAAAAGGGCGACAACAAUGUGAGGGAAAUAGUAGAAAAGGGUGACAACAAUGUGAGGGAAAUAGUAGAAAAGGGUGACAUCAAUGUGAGGGAAAUAGUAGAAAAGGGCGACAACAAUGUGAGGGAAAUAGUAGAAAAGGAAAAGGGCGACAACAAUGUGAGGGAAAUAGGAGAAAAGGACGACAACAAUGUGAGGGAAAUAGUAGAAAAGGGUGACAUCAAUGUGAGGAAAAUAGUAGAAAAGGAUGACAUCAAUGUGAGGAAAAUAGUAGAAAAGGACGACAACAAUGUGAGGGAAAUAGUAGAAAAGGGCGCCAACAAUGUGAGGGCAAUAGUAGAAAAGGACGACAACAAUGUGAGGGAAAUAGUAGAAAAGGGUGACAUCAAUGUGAGGAAAAUAGUAGAAAAGGGUGACAUCAAUGUGAGGAAAAUAGUAGAAAAGGGUGACAUCAACGCUAGGGCAGGAACAGAAAAGGGCGCCAACAAUGUGAGGGAAAUAGUAGAAAAGGGUGACAUCAAUUUGAGGGAAAUAGUAGAAAAGGACGACAACAAUGUGAGGGAAAUAGUAGAAAAGGGUGACAUCAAUUUGAGGGAAAUAGUAGAAAAGGACGACAACAAUGUGAGGAAAAUAGUAGAAAAGGAUGACAUCAAUGUGAGGGAAAUAGUAGAAAAGGGUGACAUCAAUGUGAGGGAAAUAGUAGAAAAGGACGACAACAAUGUGAGGGAAAUAGUAGAAAAGGGCGCCAACAAUGUGAGGGAAAUAGUAGAAAAGGACGACAACAAUGUGAGGGAAAUAGUAGAAAAGGACGACAACAAUGUGAAGGAAAUAGUAGAAAAGGACAACAAUGUGAGGGAAAUAGUAGAAAAGGGCGACAUCAAUGUGAGGGAAAUAGUAGAAAAGGGCGCCAACAAUGUGAGGGAAAUAGUAGAAAAGGGCGACAACAAUGUGAGGGAAAUAGUAGAAAAGGGCGACAACAAUGUGAGGAAAAUAGUAAAAAAGGGCGACAACAAUGUGAGGAAAAUAGUAAAAAAGGGUGACAGCACAGCGCACAUUGAACAACAGUUAAACCACAGGGACACGUUACAAUAA